AUACAAUAUCGGCGUAUUUUUUGUCAAAACCAUCUUGAAGCUUAUGAUGUGAUUACUGAAGACAAUCUGGUUCCUCCUGAUGUUACAUUAUAUGAUGCAAUUAAUUUUGUAGCUCAAGCAUGGAAAAAUGUUACUUCAAGUACAAUUAUUCGUAGCUGGGGUAGAGCUGGUAUACUUUCAUCUAUGGAAAAUUUGGAUGAUACUAUGCAUGAAGAAACUGAAUUGAAAGCCUCUGCAUCUGAAGAAGCCAAAUUAGAAGCAGAGAUUAUUAAUAUUAUUGAAUGUUUACCAAUUGAUGAUCCCUUAGAUAUACAAGAAUAUAUCAAGAUUGAUAAUUAUAUGAACAUCGAAGAUGACUUAACUAUAAAUGAAAUUGUUGAUAUAGUUAAUGGACAAGAUGAGAGUGAAUCAGAAAAAGAACAAGAAGAAAUGGUUAAAAUUGGGGAUGCAAUCGUAGGACUUGAUAACUUGAUAAAAUAUGUUCAGCAAAAUAAUCUAGAAAUUACUUCAUCUUUAAUGAAAGAUUUGUGUAGUCUUAAAAA